CCGUGACGCUCCGCCCUACGUCUUCGCUCUGCUGUCCGACGUCGUAUUGUUGCGACGGUGUGUCAGUUUCAGACAUGGCUUCUAGAUUAGAAAUCAAUUUUAUCCGAUUAUUGUCCCGCUGUGAGUCUAUAGCGUCGGAGAAACGAGGAGAAACGGAAUGGAGGUUAGAAAAGUAUGUUGGUGCCCUGGAGGAGAUGCUGGUGGCUCUGAGGAAAAGCCUGAGCAAACCCACAGCGGAAAUGCUGACUGAAUACACAAGAAAAGUAGAUUUUCUGAAAGGACUUCUUGAGGCAGAGAAACUGUCUUCACCAACAGAAAAAGCUUUAGCCAAUCAGUUCCUCGCCCCCGGACGAACGCCCACAAUAGCCAAUGAGAGGAUGCCUGUCUCUAAAACUGUCCACAUGCAGACGAAGGCCCGGUGUACAGGAGAGAUGAGGGACGAGCUGCUUGGCACGGGGGUAUCAGGCAAAGGCAUGUCAGAAACCGACUUGCGAAACAGAAGAGGUCUUCCUCUGGAUGAGCGUCAGUCUGCUGCCGAGCUGGAGGCCGUCCUGCAGCACCAUCACAACCUGCAGGAGAAACUGGCUGAGGACAUGCUUCACCUGGCCCGCAACUUGAAGAACAACACCCUGGCAGCACAGAACAUCAUCAAACAGGACAACCAGACGCUGAGCCAGUCUAUGCGUCAGGCAGACAUGAACUUUGAGAAGCUGAAGACGGAGUCGGAGCGACUGGAGCAACACACCAAGAAGUCCGUUAACUGGCUGCUGUGGCUGAUGCUGAUCCUGGUCUCCUUCACCUUCAUCAGCAUGAUCCUCUUCAUCAGAAUCUUCCCCCGACUCCGAUGAUGAGUGCCUACAAACCCGAACUCUUUAGUCGUACGCCCUCCUGUUUUUACAGAGCAGUAACUACAUAGGCCUCAUUGAUUCACGCAGCUCGUCUGUAUGUGUGAUACAGAUCCGUAGUGGUCAGAACCCCAACUACCCAGUUUGAUGAACUGAAACAGUUGCACUUUUGAAACACAAAUUCUUCCUCUAAACGGGCUUAUGGAAGUUAAAAACAUGGUUUGAAGCAUCAUUAUUCCAUUUUUUUUUCAAAAUCGGAUAGAACGUGAAUGGAGGUCAAGAGCUUGUUGUUGGAGGGUUUAUAGAAUAUAGUCUUAAUACCCAGACAGCAGGGACUGAGCCUUAAUGAUUUGAAUCCCUCCUCAGGUAGGCUGCUAGCCAUUUAACACACGUGUGUCAUUUCUCAUCCACUGCGCCUAAAUCAUCUUUUGUAGAACAAUUUGUUUUUUGCCAAACAUACAUCUUAAAGAGUUCUCGAACCAUCCACCAUCUACUGCAUGCAGUUUCAACACUAUAUAGAAUGAAUUGAAUAUCUAAAAAUGCGGAAUUAUAAAUUGCUGUAAAAGUGCUAAAACUCGUUUUGUUACACUUUAACUGCCCCUAUUUAGCAUUUGAAAGCUCAAAAAAUGUUUAAUACAUGGUUUAUAACACAAUACUGGUGUAAGCAGGACAUUUUAAAGUGGUUGUCAACUAUUCCAACUACUUCUAUGAAGACAUGUUAUAUUAUUAAAUUAUAUGUACUGAAUUAUCAUUCAUUAGAGCAGCCUCCACUUAUUGUUGCCCACAGGCUUUAUAGUUGUUGACAAAUUAACACACCUUUUAAAUCCGUCAAUGACUACAUUAUAGUGUUAUGAACCGUUUAUUAAAUGGUUUGACAGUGCUUAUAAAUGCUAAAAUAAGGGGGUUAAAAUGAAACGGUUCACUGAAAUGAAAUAUUACAAAUUACGAAACGUAUUCCAAACAUUUACAUUUUUGUUAUUAGUUCACCUUUCCAUAUAUGGCCAAUAUCCUUGUGUUUGUGGUUGAUUCCAUAAAUGUCCAUCAGGUGGGGAUAUCUGUUCUGUUGCAGUGAUGACUGCAGAGGUUGCUGAUGUUGAAGGAAGAUUUUUCUUCUCAUUAAAAUGACGGUAACCCCAUGCAUCACAUUAUUCAGAGCAGCUGUUUGUUCAUGAGCGUAAGCUCACAAGCAAUUAGUUAUUAUUCCAAGAAAGUAUGAAAAUGCUAAAUUACAACCAUUUCCUUUAUUUAAUUCUUUAGGCAUAAUGUGUUGUGGGAGCUGUGUAUGACUUCUCCCUCAUAAACUAAAAUAGGAAACUGCGCCCUCUGAUGUUGAAAAUGUCUGAUGCAGUGACUUCAUGUGACCAGAGUGUGUCAGUCACAUCCUGAACAUGUGAACAGAUAACGGCCUCAAUGACCCUGACGGCCCGAUCAAGCCACGAAUCCUAAAUUAACCCCACUACCCAUUUAGAAGUGAUCUGAGGACUCAAUUAUGGCUAAAUAAAGGCAGUCGGCCACAGAAAAAGCACA